UGUCCUAAUUUUCUUAAAAUACUUAUUAACAAUCAAGAAACACAAGAAAAAGAAAUUACAUAUAUUCGUCAAUUGAAUAUGAAGUUAUUGUCACGAUGGAUCCAUAAAAAAGUGAACAUUUAGUUCCGUGCCCCGAGUUUUCACAGUUUACAAAUAAUGAUACACUACAAUCAUAACAAUAUUAGCAUUAAAUUUCUUCUCGCUUUCUUCAUCCGAUAAUUCCUUUCAAGUACGUCCCAAUUAUCUAGAACCCAUCUCUUUCAAGGCCUCCUCCCGGUGAUCCAAAAAAUGCCUCACCGCACCUGACCACUCGUACGACCGACCUUUCCAUUAUAUCCGUCCGUCCGUCGCAGCCACUGCCUGCCCAGAUUAGGCCGAUCCGAGUCUCCGCGUUGCAUCGCAGGCCUCCUCCAUCCACUACACCUGCCGCCUAGCCGACGACCCAACAAAUUCCUUCUCAGCGGGACUGCUGUUAACUCUCACACUUGUCCAGACAGCUGGCGCCAGCCGCCCCUCCCGCCCCGCGCCGCCCUCGACGGCCGACGCCGCCGCUUACAACAAAAACAAUCAUGUCAACCCGGACUUCAGUCGGCAAGGCCUGCCCGAUCCUGCUGUAUGUGUCUGUCUGACGCUCUCACAACAGACGAGCGCUACCAUCACGAACGACGACUGUCUGUUUUUGGCCUUUGGUGCGUGUGGUCGAAUUGGAAUUCAGUACUUACAACGAAUUCAAGUGAAGAAAAAAUUAGAAACUACUCAAAGUAUCUGUGAUAUUCUGGAAAGAAACUGAGGAAUAUAAGUGUCGUUGUGAUAAAAUUCGUUAGAAGUUAUAGUUAUAGUGACAGAAAUAAACGAAGACAUAAGUAUUGCUGUGAUUUGUGAACAACCCUAUGUUACUUUUUUCUCAUGAGCCGUGAUAGAAUGACGAAUGGGAAUAACAAGCUGAUACUUAAAGAAUCCAAAAUGUCCAGUUCAAUGCACGAAGACACCGGAUUUUGUUCUGGAGAGGACUACAUGGAACACGACAUCCAUUCUCCAACUGACAGCAGUGAGGACAGCGUUGAAGUGAAGAUCUCCGCCAUCACUAUCAAGUCCAACAAGAGAAAACUACCUGAAGACCCGAAGAAAGACACUGCUUUCUCCGGACCACUGAAGAAAAGAAUGAUUUUGAAGGUGAAGGCUGAAAAAACCGACAUUGUUAACACGCCUUUUCGUCCAUGGAGUCCUCCAAACUCUCUCGAGCCCAAGGUGCCUGUUCAGUCCUCAAAUUUUGCAGUGCCUUUUCCGUUGAAACUGGAGAAUUCGAAUGAGAGUUCGGAAAAAUGUGCGGUGAAUCAUUCGUACUUUCGACCGCCUUCUCCAUUGCGUUAUGCUCAACAAUCCGAACCCGUAGCUCUUGUGAUAAAACGUGAACCUGAAGACAGGUCCAGUACAAAACCUAGUGAUAUGCGUGUUCCGGUCCAUCCGGAGAUCUCAAAAUUGACGCCUGCCGAAACCGAGAGGCUUAUAUUGAAUAGCACUGAACAUUUCCCAGACUUGCAAGCGAAACUACUCAGUCCAUCCUCGUCUUCCAGUGCCACCAACCAAAAGUCCGAUCAAAAACGGGAGCAAAGGAACUACAAGAACAUGACAAGAGAGAGGCGGAUAGAGGCGAACGCUCGCGAGAGGACGCGAGUGCAUACGAUUUCUGCCGCGUUUGACACCUUGCGUCGUGCCGUACCUGCCUACUCGCACAAUCAAAAACUGUCAAAGUUGUCGGUGUUGAGGAUCGCGUGUUCCUACAUAAUGACAUUGUCCAGUCUAGUUCAGGACUCGGAAGGAGAACCCUCUACUUCUGAGUGCGUCGAUUUAGUAUCUAGAACCAUUCAACGAGAGGGAAAACUACGAAAAAAGAAGGAUGAUAAUGAUUAAAGUGUGUUAUUGUAUAUUAAAAGACUUUAGCCGUAGCCUCGCCUCGAGAUAGCAACAGAUGUUCCUGAUUCUAGAUCUAUUUUCGUAAAUUUUAGUCAUCGAUAUUGUAGUUCAUUGAUUAAUGUUUUUUUUU